GCAGCGCUCCGUCGUCAUCCGGCCGGCGACCCAGGAGACUGGCGGAAUGAUGCAGUACCUGCUGACUAUCGUCUUCCUCAUCUGCGCCUUCUGGGUCGUCAUCGGCGCCCUCUACUUCAUCUACGGCAAGCGGGGAGCAGGGAAGACGACCGCUGAAGACGACAGUGUUGUCGCCGUCCCAGUUUGCCCUGGUACAGCCGACGGCGGCAAACCGAGUCUCUUGCACGGCAAGAUGGUCAUCUGCUCGGUGCGCCAGGACAGCUCCCAGAACCUGUGGGUGCGCCUGCCCGAGGGCGUCUGCCACAUCUUCGUCGCCCUGGGUCUGACGCAGUCCGAUGGCAGCGUCCGGGAAGGCUCAGCCCUGAGCGUGGAACGGCUGCGGGCGGUGGACGGGGCCCAGGCGCUCGUGUCCGUCGACUACGCCGUGGUCACGUCCAACACCGACGGGUUCGGCCGCAGCCUGAACACCUUUAUGGCCAACGUGCCCUCGCGCUUCAAGCGCCACUUCGACGGCAUCGAGGUGCGCGGCAUACCGGUCGCCGACUACAUGGACGCCGGCAAGAUGACCGCGCUCAACACCGCCAUCGGCGCGGUGAAGACGGCCGUCAACAAGGUCCAGCGGGUGAUCGCCACGGUCGCCAUACCUGUUUCCUGGAAGGCCCCCGGUGGGACGCUCGCCAAGUCCGCCAGCCUCACGAACGUGGAUACAACGAUCGCCCAGAUCCACUACCUUCCGGGCUCUGGCAGUUGCAGCGCCCUCCCCUCCAACAGCAUCAGCCGCAUGGACGAGAUCAAGUCUAUCAUCAGCUCCUGGGACCAGCCGUGCAUGUCCAUCAUGCUGGGCGCCAUCCUCUACACUGGCGCCAGCGGCAAGGGCGGGUCGGCGCAAAGUUGCUCCCUCUACCGAUACUGCAAGGCCGAGACCCAGAAGGCGUCCUCGGAGGUCAUCACGGACGCCAAGUCGCGAGGCAAGAAGAAGGGGGGCGACUACAUCAUAUACGACACCCCGGACCAAAUACAGGAGAAGGCGGGAAGAGCGAGGGACAGGGGCUGCCUCUACGUAGACCACAUUGAGCUGGACGACGUCGACUGCCAGUGCCAGCAUAAGGAGCAGUUCCCACUGCUCAGCCGCGUCCGAAAGGGCCUCCAGUGAUGACGGGGCGUGCCAGUGCCUUCCGCUGGCCAGGUCACGUGAACCGACAGACGUGACGUCACGAGAUGCCUGCUGUGGCUUGAAGGGCGGCGGAUUUUGCGGAGGCGAGGCGCGUUGCCUGUUUAGUAAUUUUGUGUGCCAUUACAACGUACAGUAAAGACAAUUCGAAUCGA